AUAUGAUUGAAAAGACGACAUUUUCGUUAGUCGAAACGAGGUUUUGGCCGUCAUAUUGAGGGUUUAGCCGUUCAGCUCUGGAACUGGUUGGGAGAGACAGAGAUGGGUAGGAGGAUACUGAACGAUGCGUUGAGGUCAAUAGUGAAUGCGGAGAAGAGAGGCAAAGCGACGGUGGAACUGAGACCAAUCUCCACCGUUAUAUCUUCCUUUCUAAAUAUCAUGAAAAAUCGAGGAUACAUUAAGAAUUUCGAGAUUCAUGAUCCACAUAAAGUGGGGAGGAUAACGGUUGAACUGCAAGGCAGGGUAAACGAUUGCCGGGCACUCACUUACAGACAGGACAUCAAAGCAAAGGAUAUCGAAAAAUACAAAACAGUUAAACUUCCAACACGUCAGUGGGGUUAUGUCGUGAUUUCAACUCCAGAUGGAGUUUUGGAUCAUGAAGAUGCCAUUAGAAGGAAUGUAGGUGGGCAGGUUCUGGGUUAUUUUCAUUAGAUUCGGUUAUCUUGCUGAUCACUGUCUGAUGUGAAAUGGAGAAGGGUGGUUCUUUGAGCGCUGCUUUAUAUUUGAAACUUCCAAUCAAUAUCUUAUCUAAACUUGGUAUGAUUUAAAACCGUAUGAUUAUAAUAAUAACAUUUUUGGCUUAAUGCCUUGAUUUGUUUUGAUUUUCGUAGUAAUUGAACUACAAAAGCAAACU